AAGAAUCGAGAUCGCUCAAUCUCAGCUAGCAAUGGCCUCCAAGGACAACAAGAAACCCUCGAAACCCCGAACCGGAGGCAUCCGUACACUUUCCGAUCUGAACCGGCCCACCGCCGACUCCGACAGCGACUCCGAUGCUCCCCAGGAGUAUUACACCGGCGGCGAGAAAAGUGGAAUGCUGGUUCAGGAUCCGACGAAAGGCAACAACGAUGUGGAUUCGAUCUUUAAUCAAGCUAGGGAGUUAGGAGCGGUGGAGGGACCUAUUGAUCCUUCUUCUGCAUCCUCGAGCUCGAGGAGCUUUGCCGGAACGGGUAGACUACUCUCCGGGGAGACUAUACAGUCUGCUCCGCAGCAGCCCGAGACUGUUGUGCAUAACAUCAUUUUCUGGAGUGAUGGUUUCAGUGUAAAUGAUGGACCGUUGAGGCGGUUGGAAGAUCCUGAAAAUGCACCGUUCUUAGAGAGCAUCCGAAAAUCUGAAUGUCCAAGGGAGUUAGAACCAGAAGACAGAAGUACUGCAGUUCAUGUCAAUCUGAUUAGGCGGAACGAGAAAUACCCUGAAGCGGUGAAGCGUCAAGUUGCAUUUCAGGGUGUUGGAAGAACUCUAGGUAGCAGCUCAGGAGCAGUGCCUUCUGAGCCAACCUCUUCAACAACUCCUCUAAGUACUGGUCCAACCCCAUCCCUCGGCCUAGUUGUGGAUGAAAAUUUGCCAACCACAUCAGUUCAGCUUAGGCUAGCUGAUGGCACCCGUAUGAUUGCACAAUUUAACUACCAUCACACCAUCAGUGACAUUCGCACCUUUGUCGAGACAUCUAGGCCUGGGAGUCCGAGUAAUUAUCAGUUGCAGGUGAUGGGGUUCCCUCCUAAAAUCCUCAAUGAUCCGACCCAAACAAUAGAACAGGCAGGUCUUGCCAAUUCAGUAGUGAUCCAGAAAUUCUAGUCAGCUGCUCUAUUAUAUUUUAUGCUGGUUGUGAUCCUUGUAUGUGCAAAGGUGUCAUGAGCGUGAACUUUGUACUUUCAGUGCACACCUACAAUGUUUGUGAAGAAGGUUGAAUCUAUUUGAAAAAGAUUUCCAUAUUAAUUUAAUUUAAUUAUAAUCUUUUACAGAAAACC